AGUUUGCUGAGCAUCCAGCAGAGGUCAGCGAUGUCACACAUCAACACAACAGAGCUGCAGUCGCUCCUGCUCUCCUUCCUGCAGCACUGCCUCAACAGCACCAGUAUACUGUCUUCACAGAUACCUCAGAACUACACUACCCAGCCGGCUGCGCAGACUGGAGCCCGGGCCCAUGCUCAGUCUCAGGGCAUGAUGUAUAUCAUCUUGGUGGUUGGCAUGUUCAGCUUCUUCACAUUCGGCAUCAUGCUCAGCUACAUUCGCUCCAAGAAGCUGGAGAGCUCUCACGAUCCGUACCACCAGUACAUUGCCCACGACUGGACCAAGGUGAUUACUCCGCCCAGGGCCGUGGCUCAAGCUCUGCACGGGGAAGCUGCAAACAAUGGAGCCGGUAGUAAAGAGCCCAUCGUCAUCUGCAACCCUGCAACGCUGGAGCAGCUGCCAGACUAGAAUGAGACAUUCAGCUAUUUAAACAUUUCCCACAUUCCAAAAUGUAAAACUCUGUAACACAAGAUUUUUUCAAAUUUUCUGAUCAGUAAUUUCACAGAAACACGUUGGAUCAUCAAAUUGCCUCAUGCUCUAAGUUUAGUAAUCAACACGUGCUGUUUCUCACACUUUAAAGUUAACACUGCUCUUCCACUAACACCUGAUGACAAUCUUGCAUAUCUGGACAAUAACAGUAGUAACACAGAGUUAAAUCUAUGGCACCAUUGUCCCUGACUUUGAUUCA